AUGAUGUUUGCCACGCCCAUGGAGGAGUACAAGGUAAACCCGGUGGCCGCCAAAGCGAUCAACGCCUUCAUGAUCCUCCAUAUGGACCACGAGCAGAACGCCUCCACCUCCACGGUGCGCAUCGCCGGAAGCUCCCAGGCCAACCCCUACGCCUGCAUCGCCGCAGGCGUUGCAUCCUUGUGGGGCCCCGCGCAUGGCGGCGCCAAUGAGGCGGUCAUCACAAUGCUGGAGCAGAUCGGGACCCGCGAGAACGUGGGCAAGUUCAUCGCCGACGUCAAAGCGAAGAAGGAGGGUGUGCGCCUGAUGGGCUUUGGGCACCGCGUCUACAAGAACUAUGACCCCAGGGCCAAGGUGAUGAAGGGCCUCGUGGCCCAGGUGCUGAAAGAGCUGGGGGUGGAUGAUCCGCUGCUCGGCGUGGCGCAGGAGCUUGAAAAGGCCGCGCUGAGCGACGACUACUUCGUGCAGCGGAAGCUGUACCCGAAUGUGGACUACUACUCGGGGAUCAUGCUCCGGGCCAUCGGCAUUCCUACCUCCAUGUUCACGGCACCUUUGGUUGCAUGCGCCCCCAGUUUGAGAAGCUUCCUGGACCACUGCAUUUCCCUCAGGACCAUUGACAGUUGUGAAUGGUGCGUGUGUGCGUGUGUGUGUGUCUUGGUUUGA